AUGGCAGAUAGGGGCAAUAUCCUAAAUGAACUUACCAACCAGCAACUUGUUGAUAGGUAUCGCUUCAACAGGGCAGGCCUCAAUUACCUUGAAACUGUGUUUGGACCAGCACUGGAGCCAGCUACAAUGAGACAUAAGAUGAGGGAGCUUGAUGCACAGGUUCAACAGUUUUAUGGACUGGCACAGUUUCCAAAGGUGGUGGGUGUCAUAGAUGGUACCCACAUACGUAUUCAGCCCCCUUCGGAGGAUGAGCCGUCUUUUGUCAAUAGGAAGGGUUUCCAUUCAAUUAACGUACAAGUUGUGUUUGAUGGUUUUGACAGAAUAACAAAUGUGGUUGCCCGAUGGCCAGGGUCUGCACAUGACAGCAGAAUUCUUCAGCAGAGUGGCCUUAGGAACCUAUUUGAUGAAGGUCACGUACCUAAUGGUCAAUACCAUCUUCUUGGGGACAGCGGAUAUGCUGGGCGAAGGUGGCUACUUACCCCAUACCUCAAUCCCCAGCCUGGUAGCCAAACAGCAUACAACAGGUAA